AUCGUACCUAUUUCAAAACAUUUCUGCAUUAGUAACAUCAAACGAACUUUCCUGUUGUGUUUGUGUGUUUAUUUGUGGUUGAUAUUUUAAAGAAAUUAUAAAGAAUAUAUAAUAAAUAAAAAUAUGGAGUAUACUCUAGAAGAUACGUAUGAAGAUUUAACAGAUUUGCAAGAACUUUUGUGUAAAGAAAUUGAUGACUUAGCAACUACGUUAGAAAAUAAUACAAUUAGUGCUUUGAAAAAAUCAUGCACAUCAGAUGAAGUUAUAACGAAACAACACACGAUGGCUAGUAGUAUACUGAAAUAUAUUCCAAAAAAACCGCCUAAAAAUUAUCCUAUACCUAAUACAACUGAUAUUCAUAUAGAUACGCUUAAUGAUUUAGAAAAAGAGAUCGUUAAUGCUGAAAGUUUGUUAAACAAAACGCAAGAAGAAUUGCAGAUCAUCGAAAAGGAUAUUAAUUAUUUACAAGAUAAAAAGAACGGUUUUAAUAAGAUGCGUGAAAUGUAUUUAACUUCUGCACAAUUACUGGAGGAAAAUACGUAUGAACACGAACUACGAAUCAGUAAAAAAUUAUUUAAAGAAACUAAGCAAGAUUUACGUCAGAUAGUGGAAAUAAUAUUUCCAAAAAAUGAAAACUUCUCUCAUCUUCUGUCAGAAUUGGUAAUUGCAUAUACAAAAGGCGGUGAUGACAUUUAUGUGGAUGUAAUACCAGAAAUAUUUGAUUGCGCUAAAUUUUUAGUGGAAGCAGAUAUUGCUAUGUAUCAUCCUAACGAUACAAAUAAAAUUAAAAUGAUUGAAUUACUAUAAAACAAUUAAUUUAUCUUAUGUAUUACUUUUUAUACAAUAUUUUACAAUAUUUUUUUCUAAGAGAGACAAAUACAAAAUAAUAAAUAUACAUGUGAUAAAAAAAACAUUUAAAUACAAUUACAAAUGAAACAUUAAUCUACCAUAUAAAA